AUGAAGUUGAGAAAACGUGUGUUGAUUAUUUUCAUACUGCUUGUGACUAUCUUCUCAAUACACUUCUGGUAUUUUUAUCAACACCCCAACUAUGGAAACUCUAUGACUGUAAUAGAAGGUCAUAAACCUUUGAAAUCAUUUGGCAAUGCAAGGAAUUUAUUUCAUGGCUACAGGAUGCACAAGCAAGGUUUGGAUGACAAAGAGAAAAAAACAAAAUUGAAAAAUUCGACUGAUGCUGCCGAAAUAGCUGAAACCACCACCACUAGCUUCGGAUCAAACAUUGCUACUACUGCUACUACUACCUAUCUAAAUAUAAAACGUGCUACAGUUUUCAAGCGUUCUGUGAAAAGGAUGAAGAAUUUAUACACUGAUCGUGACAGUUUAGAGAAAAACUUUCUGCAAAACCUUUUUCUCACUAGAAGUAUGACAACAGAUUCAAUUUACAAUGUUACUGUGGAAAGUAAGAUAGAAUCUCGUGUUUCUUUUAAAGGUUUUAGUCAUUUAAACUCAGUGUCACUUUUCAGAAAUUAUUUAACAACAGCAAAAUUAUUAAUUAAAAAAAAUGAAACUUCAAACAUCAUUGAUAAAAUUCCAAACCACAGAUUAAAGUUUGAAAAACAGUCAAAAGUUAAAAAUAAAAGACUAAAAUACAAUAGCAAUCCAAAUAAUGUCAACAUGAAUGUCGAUAGGAUGGCAUUUGCUGAGGUUGAUGAAAGUCUACUGUAUGAUUUUAAUGCUCCCCUACCUACAAAGAAACAAAUUUCUCGCACUGAAGAUGCCAAAAACAAUUUUGAAAUUACCAGAAAUAAUGGCGGUAAUAAUUAUGGUGAGGAUGAAAAAUCUGAUCGUCAUGAUAAGGACUCAUCGGAUUACAACUAUCAAGAAAAGUUAAACAUUAUUGACCACCGAUUGACCGGCUCAAAAAGUCGUAAAGAUAUGACCAGAUCUGAAAUUCUUUAUGGUAACCUAGUCCCUCGGAACAUCUCAACAUUUGGCAGUGAAAUAAAAAUAGUCUCGAUGUCUCUGUACGGAUCAGAGAUGAAAUAUUUAACAGGAACUCUGAAGAACGCCCGUCUGAUCAAACAGAAUUUUCCAGGUUGGAAGUUGAGGGUUUACGUGGAGUCGCACGCGAUGAAAAGUCCUAGGUACGGGUUGGUACCUCAAAAGGUUCUUGAUGCGUUGCAAGAUCUUGGUGCUGACUUGCACUUCAUCGAGCCUGAGGAGGAUUUUUUACCUCCCAUGAUGUGGAGGUUUCUGGUUGCAGAUGAUCCAACAGUGGACAGAUUCAUAGUGCGAGAUUCCGAUUCGAGACUGACGGAAAGGGAUUACAAAAGUGUGGAGGCCUGGAUGAUUUCGGGGCAGGCAUUCCACUGCAUUCGUGAUCACCCGAGUCACGUUGGGUACUCGGUGUCUGGUGGGCUUUGGGGUGGUAUGGCCAAGAAGUUGAGGAACAUCAUUAGGAGUUCUUGGAUCGACAUGAUGCGAGGGCUUUCCUCCAAGUAUUUCAGCGACAUGAGCUUCCUGCAGACUCAUCUCUGGCCAAAGGUUGUCUCAUACGCUUACUGUUCCGAUAGUGUUUCGUGUGAUAGAUGGCCUAACUCCUUUCCGUUCUCUGUCAGGAGAUACGGGUUUGACCAUGUUGGACAGGUAUACGACGAGAGAGACAUUGGCAGACGAGUGGAUUUGAAGAUCUUACAGAGGAGAGGGGAGAACCCGUCAUGUUACCCUCCAGAUGAGGACGAAGAAGAAAAGACAUCUUAACCUAAAAUUAUCAUUAAUCUAAUUUGUAUUAUCAUCGAUAUCAUUUUUAUCAUCCUUAACACUUCUCACCAUUGUAUUGGUUCAGUUUUUUGUCCAUAACUCAAGUUAUCUUGUUGAUAUUGCGAGCAAUGUAUCAAGAUUUUUGUUGUGUACGUUUUUGUGUAUGUGAUGUAGACCGUUUCAAUGCACACCUGUGUACAUUUGAUCGUGAAUUCUUGUGCGUAUUAAUAUUUUUAAUAUUUAUUUUAAUAUAUUUGUAAAUAUUUUUCAAUUGAUCCUCCUAUUUUCAUUUCAUUCUAAGUUGUGUUUCUCGGACGUACUCUUAGUUUUUGUUCAUACAUUCCGCUUUUCCAUAACUCGAGUUAUUCAUCUAAUCGAUCAUUCUUCAGAUCCAUGUGUCACGUUGUGCUCAGUUCAUUGGAGAAAACAAUCAACCAUUCCAUUCUUAUUUUGAAAAAAGGAACUUAGCGAUUCCUUUUUUACUUGUCAUCAUUAUUAGGAAAAUUAUUGGUACAAUUUUAUUUAGAUGGAUAAAUAAAUGAAGUUUCGAUCGAAAAAUGAAAAACGUUUCAAACGGUCCCCU